AUGAUGGACGCCGAUGAACAAACCCUCCCACCCGACGGAGGGUUUGCACGCGCACUCGACCUGCUGGAAUUCGACCAGAUUCGUCAGCAGUUGGCUGGCGCCACCCGCACCGCAGUGGGAGCAGAAACCGCCGCCACGUUGACGCCCUCCGGAGACUCUCGCGACGUGGCGAUGCGCCAGCAGGAAACCACCGAAGGCCGACGGUUGCUGGAAACCACCGGGGCCCUCGAACUUGGACCUCAGGACGAUCUGCGCCCCGCCAUCCAUCGGGCAGCGCUGGGAGGGUUGUUGCGCGGUGAGGAACUCCGCAGCGUUGGUACGUUGGUGGGAGCCGCGCGUUGGAACCGCAACACCCUGGGUCGACGCGAAGAUCUGCCUUUGCUGGCAGCAUUGGCACAGGGUCUCCCUGACCUGCCGGACAUCGAAAGCGUCGUGAAUCGGGCCAUUGGCGCCGGCGGCGAGAUAUUGGACGACGCGUCUCCUGAACUUUACCGACUGCGCCGGGAAUCCCGGUCAGUCCAUUCAUCGUUGAACGACAUCAUGCAGCGAUCCCUGCGUCGGUUUCAAAGUGCGGGGGUGAUUCAGGAGAACAUCGUAACCGAACGCAACGGCCGCAUGGUGCUGCUGGUCAAAAACGACUUCAAGGGUCAAGCCCCCGGUAUCGUGCACGACGUCUCCGACAGCGGCGCUACCGUUUUUAUCGAACCGAUGGCGGCAAUCGAUUUGGGCAACCGGUGGCGGGAAACGCGCUUGGCUGAACAACGGGAAGAAGAGCGCGUGCUGCGCCAGUUAUCUUCGUUGAUUGCCAGCUGCAACGAUGACAUCUCCCUAACGAUACAGUUGUUGGGCCAGUUGGAUGUGGCUAUCGCCAAGGGGCGCCACGCCAUUUCUCUCCGCGCGAUAACCCCCUCCAUGGCGUCUUCCGAUGAUCCGCGCCGUUUGCAAAUGAAAGGCGCGCGCCAUCCCCUGCUGACUGGUCGGGUGGUGCCCACUAACGUCGCUAUCGAUGUCGGGCAAUGUGUGCUACUGAUCACGGGACCCAACGCCGGCGGCAAAACGGUGGCGCUGAAAACGGUCGGGCUCCUUGCGAUGAUGGCCCACGCGGGAUUGCAGGUGCCCGCGGAUGACGCCGAGAUUCCCGUCCUGGACGGCAUCUACGCUGAUAUCGGAGACCAGCAGAGCAUAUUUGAAUCGCUGUCCACUUUCAGCAGCCACAUCAGGAACUUGCGCGAGGUUCUGGCGCUGGCAACUCCGCGGUCUUUGAUUCUCAUCGAUGAAUUGGGUUCCGCGACCGACCCUGAAGAGGGGUCUGCGCUGGCCGCCGCGCUGUUGUCCGAGUUUCGUGACCGCGACAUCAUGGUCGUGGCAACAACACACCACCGCAACGUGGCCCGCCUGGCCCAGGACCAGAUCGGCAUGGUAAACGCCAGCGUCGACCUGAAUCCGCGCACUCUCGAACCCACCUACCAAUUGACCAAUGGUGUGCCGGGUCGCAGCUACGCGCUCAUAAUCGCGUCGCGACUGGGGUUGCCUGAAUCCGUAAUAACAACGGCCGAAACCCACCUGGAACCCAGCCACAUCCAAACAGACCAGCUGCUCCAGGAACUUCAGGAAGAGCGGCUCGCCGUCGCCGAACUACGCAACCAGGCAGAACAAUUCCUUCUGGAGGCCCGUCAACGGCAAGAGGAAGCCGAGCAGCGACUCAGCGUGAUAGAAGACACCAAAGCCGAAUUGGUAGGAGAAGCCCGGCGCGCGCUAACGGAGCAAAUCGGCCAGCUGAUGAACCAGAUCAGGCAGGCCGAACGAUCGCUACAACGGCAGCAGGCUGACCAAGCCGCCGAAGGUAGUUUGCGUCUGGAGCGCCAGAAACUCGCCCAGGCCCGGCGCGAAGUUGCUUCGCCCGCCUGGAACCCGAUCCCCGUGGAGCGGCCACCCUGGUAUGCCGACCUGCGGGUUGGCGAUCGAGUGUAUAUCAGUGGUGUCGCUCGUCCGGUGGAGGUCGUCACAGCCCCCGGCGAACAACGGGAGGUCGAAGUCGUGAUCGGCAGUAUGCGCGCGCGAAUCCCGGUCUACCAGCUUGAUCGACCCGCGGAACGCUUGCACCCGGCCGCCGAACGCGCCGGAGUCGUUUACCGUCGCCCCGAAAACAAACGCACGUUGAGCCCGGAAGUAAAUCUGCAUGGAUACCGUGUCGAUGAAGCCCUGACCGUUAUCGAUUCGCUGCUUGACGAUGCGGCGCUGGAGGGAAUGACGUCGGUUAAAAUUGUCCACGGUAAAGGCACUGGCGCUUUACGCCGGGCCAUCCGGGAGUACCUAUCCGGACACCCGCUGGUAGCAUCCACCGAGCCCGGCGAAGGCGGCGCCGCCAGCGGUGUAACGGUGGUGCAGCUCCAAUAA